AUGGAACCCAAAUUCGAUGGAGUCCCUAUGCUGGGUCUCGGUGAAGCUCAGUCUCACCCUAUCGGAGGCCUCAGUUCUGUCGGAGGUCUCAGUCCUAUCGGAAGUCUCAGUCCUAUCGGAGGUCUCAGUACUAUUAGAAGUCUCAGUCUUAUCAGAGGUCUCAGUCCUAUCGAAGGUUUCAGUCUUAUCGAAGGUCUCAGUUCUGUCGGAGGUCUCAGUACUAUUAGAAGUCUCAGUCUUAUCAGAGGUCUCAGUCCUAUCGGAGGUUUCAGUCCUAUCGAAGGUUUCAGUCUUAUCGAAGGUCUCAGUUCUGUCGGAGGUCUCAGUCUUAUCGGAGGUCUCAGUCCUAUCGAAGGUUUCAGUCCUAUCAGAGGUCUCAGUCCUAUUAGAGGUCUCAGUUCUGUCGGAGGUCUCAGUCCUAUCAGAGGUCUCAGUUCUAUUAGAGAUCUCAGUUGUGUCGGAGAUCUCAGUUCUGUCGGAAGUCUCAGUCCUAUCGGAAGUCUCAGUCCUAUCGAAGGUCUCAGUCCUAUCAGAGGUCUCAGUCCUAUUAGAGGUCUCAGUUCUGUCGGAGGUCUCAGUCCUAUCAGAGGUCUCAGUUCUAUUAGAGAUCUCAGUUGUGUCGGAGAUCUCAGUUCUGUCGGAAGUCUCAGUCCUAUCGGAAGUCUCAGUCCUAUCGAAGGUCUCAGUCCUAUCAGAGGUCUCAGUCCUAUUAGAGGUCUCAGUUCUGUCGGAGGUCUCAGUCCUAUCAGAGGUCUCAGUCCUAUCGGAGGUCUCAGUUCUAUUAGAGGUCUCAGUCCUAUCGGAGGUCUCAGUCCUAUUAGAGAUCUCAGUUUUGUCGGAGGUCUCAUUCCUGUCAGAGGUCUCAGUCCUAUUAGAGAUCUCAGUUUUGUCGGAGGUCUCAGUCCUGUCAGAGGUCUCAGUUCUAUUAGAGAUCUCAUUUUUGUCGGAGGCCUCAGUCCUGUCAGAGGUCCUAGUCUUGUCAGAGAUCUAGUUCAAAGCAAUGAUGGUGGAAACGCGAAGACCUGUCUGUGGGAAGAAACGAUGGAAGCCGAGACGAUCGAGGACGGCGAUGACCUGGCUGAAGAUUGGAGAAAAGAUGCGUUGGAGUUGAAGAAGAAUCGUGACGAGGCAGAUGGAACUGAUGACAGAUCUACUCAGGACUAG